UUUAUCUAUUUAUCCAUUGACGGGUGAAUCCCAUAGUUAAAUUAUGAUAUAGAACGAUUCGACCAAAAGUCAUUCUGGUCAAUUGCGAAAUGAGUUUUUAACUUGACGUCGAUCGAGCUGCUACUGGAUCUCAAACGCUAGGUAAUAUUCACUAUUCACCACCUAUAAAUUAAGUAGUCGGUGUGCAAAAUCCACCAGCCAGCAGCUUCCACACAGCUGAGUUUGCUGAAAGCUAUUGGUGAUAACAAUAGCAAGAGUUCCAUUUUGAUGAAAGGGUUUUUCUGUAACCUAGUUUCAUGAUGUCCCUCAAACAUACAUGACAGAGUGACUUUUUUCUUCAUUUUUCUGUUUUUAAUGGACUGAACUGAAGUCCAUUUGUUUUAAGUUGAAGUGACAAGAAGAAGUUUCAGAACUCCCUCAUCAAUGCUCAAAAUCUCAAACCCUUCAAAGCUUACGCUAACAAAAGCCACUACUUGUCUGAACCUACUGCUCAGUUGGCAAUCAAAACCCAUUUCUACAUCAUCCUUUCCAGUCCUAACUCACGAACAUAUAGCCCGUCUCAUUUUAGACCAAAAAUCAGCUUCCCAAGCUCUUCAAACCUUCAAAUGGGCCGCAAAACUCCCAAACUUCACCCAUUCGCAAUCCACUUACCGGGCUUUAAUCUAUAAAUUAUGUGCAUUUCGUCGCUUUGACACUGUCAAGGAACUGCUUGACGAAAUGCCCCACUCAAUUCAAUCACCCCCUGAUGAGUCUAUUUUCAUCACAAUUGUUCGUGGCCUUGGCAGGGCACGUAUGAUUAAAGAAGUUACGAGAGUUGUUGAUUUGUUUUCGAGGUUUAACCAAACCCCAUCUCUGAAACUUUUCAAUGCUGUUCUUGAUGUUCUUGUUAAGGAAGAUAUUGAUUUGGCAAGAGCAUUUUAUAGGAAGAAGAUGAUGGCAACUGGGAUUCAAGGUGAUGAAUACACAUAUGGUAUUUUGAUGAAGGGUCUUUGCUUGACUAAUAAGAUUGGUGAUGGUUUUAAGCUCUUGCAAAUUAUGAUCUCGAGGGUAAAGCCGAGUAGUGUGAUUUAUAACACAUUGCUUCAUGCACUUUGCAAAAAUGGAAAAGUUGGGAGGGCAAGGAGUUUGAUGAAUGAAAUGGAAGAACCCAAUGAUGUUACUUUUAACGUUUUGAUAUCUGCUUAUUGCAAAGAAGAGAAUUUAGUUAAUGCUCUUGUGUUGUUGGAGAAGAGCUUUAAUUUUGGCUUUUUACCUGAUAUCGUUACUAUUACAAAGGUUGUGGAACUUCUAUGCAACACAGGCCGUGUAGCAGAAGCUGUUGAAAUUUUUGAGAGAGUAGAGAGCAAGGGAAGUGUAAUUGAUGUCACUGCUUAUAACACCUUGAUAAAGGGUUUUUGUAGAUUAGGGAAGGCAAAAGUUGGGUAUCGGUUUUUGAAAGAGAUGGAGAGGAAGGGCUGCCUUCCGAAUGUAGACACAUAUAAUAUAUUGAUUUCUGGGUUUUGUGAAACUAAGAUGUUGGAUUUAGCUCUUGAUAUGUUUAAUGACAUGAAAACAGAUGGGAUCAAUUGGAACUUUGUUACUUAUGAUACAUUAAUUAAGGGUUUGUGCUCAGGAGGGAGGAUGAAAGACGGUUUAAAGAUCUUAGAGUUGAUGGAAGAUAGCAAAGAGGGUUCUAAACUACACAUUAGUCCGUAUAACAGUGUGUUAUAUGGUUUGUACAAGGAGAACCAACGGAAUCAAGCACUAGAGUUUCUUACAAACAUGGAGAAAUUAUUCCCAAAAGCUGUUGAUAGGAGUGUAAGGAUAUUAGGCUUUUGUGAGGACGGUGGUAUAGAUAAUGCCAAAAAGGUCUUUGAUCAGAUGACUGAAGAAGGGUUAGUUCCAAGUAUUCUUGUUUAUGACUGCCUAAUCCGUGGUUUUUGCCAAGAAGAACGUGUGCGAGAGGCGUUUGAACUAAUGAAUGGGAUGGUUGAACAUGGCUAUUUUCCAGUUGCAUCAACAUUCAAUGCUCUAAUUGUUGAGUUUUGCAGUCAGGGAAAAGUUAUGACAGCUUUGAAACUCAUGGAGGAUAUGGUUAGGAGAGGCUCUUCACCUGAUGCAGGAAGUUAUAAUCCUUUGAUUGAUGGUUUCUGCAAAAAGGGAGAUUUCCAGAAUGCUCUGAGACUCUUCUCACAGAUGGUUGAGAAAGUCAUCCUUCCUGAUUAUUUAACAUGGAACUCUUUGAUUUUCGGUCUUAGUCAACAAACAAUAUGGUCACAACACAGGAACAUAUCCAAUUUAAACAAAUUAUUGCAAUGGAUUACAGAGACUUGAACUUUCAGGUAAUUGCUGUUGCUCUUACAGAUGAUAUGCAGUGAUGAUUGGUCAAAUAGGAUUCAGGUUUUAGCUGGUCAUAAGUGAGCAAAAUAGAAGGUAUAGUAUCCCGGGAAUUCUUGUUUGAUUAUCAAAUUUUUAUUGUAACACAUACACAUACAAUCAAUCAAAAUAUUUGUAUGUCAUCCUUGUGACUUGAUAUCGCAAACCCAAAUUGAAUUGAUUUAAAUUGGUUAACCAAAUUUUAGAGGGUUAUCCAAUUUUAUUA